AUGUAUCGACCGAAGAAGAAGAAAGAGAUGUCCUUAAUGAAGGAGUUGAAGGAGCGUAAUCUUCUCGGCGAAGGAGAACCGGUGGACAUCCCAGAUCUAGAAAACAAUGACCUUAUUGAAGAAAAUACUAUGAGCGUCGUUGCAUUACCCCCGAUUUGGGGUCUUGAGGACCGAGUUAAAGGUCGUGGAGUUGGAGACAACAGGGCGCAGUUCAUCUUCCAGUGUGAUAGAGACCUCAGAUUUGUCUUGGAAAGGGGUCUGUGGUUUGUUAAUGGCUGGAUCGUCUCCAUGGAUCAGUGGACACCAAGCCCAGGGCCAGACUUCCUCAACCUCAUUCCCUUCUGGAUAAGGAUAUGUGGUAUUCCGAUUCACCUCCUCAAGAAGCAAGCUGUUGAAGGACUCAUCUCACCAUUGGGAAAAGUGGAUAAAGUUGAGCUUCAUGCAAAAAACUCAGACUCAGUGGAAUAUGUUAGAGCACACGCUUGGAUUAAGGCUGAUGCUCCUCUUCAGUUUCGAAAUACUGCAAAUUUCAAGACGGGAUAA